GGCUCAUCAUGAAGUGACACCACCCAAGCUACAUCCAAUGUUCCUCUCAAGUAAUCAAGUCAGCUGCAACCAGCAGCCGCAUAAAUGGCCAAAUUUCUGUGACUUUGAGAUAUCUAUUGCAACUUUCGCUCCAUGCGAGUAACAAGACAUCCCUCACGCUCCAUAUCUCCUGGCAGCAUGACAAAGUUAAAUGAGCAUCACAACGAGUCUCCGGCAAUGGUCCCGUCAGCAGACAAGAUGUUGACCCAGGUCCUGAAGGGACUCGAGGGGACGAAGUACGCCUCAACUUCCCUGGAUCCGCUUGCGGGAGGUACGGGAAACUUUCUUUACCGCGCACAAUUGUGUCACCCACUCGAUGACUCAACGAAAGAGGUUGUCGUCAAGCAUGGUGAGGGUUUCGCCGCCUCAAGUCCCAACUUCCAGUUACCGACAGACCGAUGUCUCAUUGAAGCAAAGUGCUUGAGUGCUCUGGCCUCUUUCCCAGUCGAGUCGAAAAUCACCCAACCCUUCAGCUUUGUUGUGAAGACCCCGAAGUGUCUCCUCUAUGAUGAGAGUACCUGUACCCAGAUCCAGGAGUUACUUCCCAAUGCUAUGGAUCUGAAGACAUAUUCGCUGAAGUACUACGCAUCGCCUACCCCAGAUGCCCUGGAGCCUCAAUGUCGGCAGUUUGGAGCAGCGCUGGGGAGCUGGCUUCACGAGUUCCAUCGUUGGAGUGGCCAGCAGUCCGAUCUGGUACAAACGACAGCCAACAACAGGGACAUGCGGAAGAUAAAGCACAUGAUUAACUUCCAAUGGCUUUCUCAGCGCCUUGAGAAAUUCCCUUCCACCUUAGCAGAGGCCAAAGAGGUCUUUGAGGAAGUCAGCAAUAUGGCAGCGGCAGAAAUGGAUGACGAUAAGUUGCUGCCGGUCAUCCAUGGCGACUUCUGGACUGGAAACAUACUCGUUCCGAAUGAUCCAUUGCAAGAAGGUCGAAAAGUGAACGCAUACGUCAUCGACUGGGAGUUAGCCCAACUUGGCGUGCCGAAUCUCGAUGUUGGUCAAAUGUUCGCAGAGCUGUACGAGUUGUGGCUCUACAAGAAAAUCACGGCCGGCCUGUGGAUGGCUCAGGGAUUCGUCGAGGGCUACGGGAAAGUAAGCGACCAAUUUGCUUUCAGAACUGCCAUCCAGGUCGGUGCUCAUCUAGUGUGCUUUGGAACAUCGGUACAGGGUUGGGGCACUCCAGAACAGGUCGAGGAGGUCGCGCGGACUGGAAAGGAUAUCAUUGUCAAUGCUUGGCGGAAGAAUCGGACUUGGUUUGCAGGUGGUGAUCUCGCGUGCUUGUUCAGUCCAGCAGAGUAAGCUGGAAAUGAUGGGGCGGGAAGAGAAUUUGGCCGAGGGAUACUACUAGCAAUUCAGUGCAGCCGGAAGAAGCCUUCGAUUCGUUGCAUUGAAGCUUGUCGCAGCAUUGUAUACUCGUGCUAUAGACCCAAUGACACGUCUCAUAGGAAA